AUGCUUAAGGAAAAUUAUGGUUACCCAGAUACUCUUGACUUUAGUGACAGAUAUAUAGAAGCUAUUAGAAAGUUCAAGGAAGGAAAUACUGACCCGAACCUAUUUAGCUUUAUGGUUCAGCACCAAAUGGGAUAUAAUUUCAAACCUGGAAAAUACAAGCUCGCUAAGGGAUAUGAUUUAAUACCAUAUCAUCCAAAUGACAUGGAUGAAUUUACUCCGAGAUAUUUGGUGUCAGAGCUAAAUGAUAAUUCAACUCUCUUCAUGAAACGCGUAAAAAAUAGAGACGGAACGAAAGAAGAAAGGUUUAUGAGUCCGGAUGACUUAGAUAGGGAACUUGUUAAAAACGGUCUCGGAAUAUAUGAAAUGCCAGCAGAUGAGGUACAAGAAACUCCACAGGAAGAAGUUCAGAUACAACCAGACAUGGAAGAAAUAGUUCAGCAACAACAGCUAGAAGAGCCAGAAGGAAACGAACAAGUCCCUCCUUUGGAAACUAACUUCACAGAACUAGAUGAAGAUUUGGAACAGCCGAAAAAUCUUGACCCUCAACAAGAGUAUGCAGAGAAUAUGGAAUCUUUCCAAGAGUCUAAGAAAAAUUCAGCUGACAUAGUAGAAGAAUAUCGAAAAAUGUUCGCCGACAUACAAAAGACUCCAACAUCAGAUGAAAAUAUCCAGCAUAGAAUGGAAGUACUGAAAGAUAAUGUACACAAAUACAACAAUCCUUUUUACUUACGAGCAUAUAACGUUCAAUCUUUGGAUGAACUCG